AUGCUACAAGAAGAAACAGCUGAAGAAAUAGUAGACCCCAAACUAGCCGCAGAAUAUAACACCUGGAAGAGAAAUUCUCCUUAUUUAUACGAAACUUUAAUAACCCAUGACUUAGAUCACCCAUCUCUUACAGUAGAUUGGCUUCCCACAAAAGAAUGCAGAAAUACAGCUGAUUACUCAAUACAAAGAAUCGUAAUAGGAACUCAUACUCUAGGAUCAGAGCCUGACCAGCUAAUUAUUGCUAAUGUUAAAUUACCUUUAGACGAUACAACUAUUAGUAAUCGUCCGCGAAUUGAUAACACAAGGGAAAUUGGCGGGAAUAGUCUGUCAAAAGUAGAAAAUAAAGUAGAUCCUCUUAUAAGGAUAAAUCACGAUGGAGAAGUAAAUAAAGCAAGGGUAAUGCCUAAAAGAGACGAUAUCAUAGCAACGAAAAGCCCUUCUGGGAACGUCUAUGUCUAUGAUUAUACUAAACAUCCUAAUCGAUCAACACAAGGACCUCAAUUGAUUUUGAAAGGACAUCAAAAAGAAGGCUUUGGCCUUGCCUGGAAUUCAAUCCAAUCUGGGCUCCUAGCUAGUGGCUCAGAUGACCACUUAAUUUGUAUAUGAGACAUCUCAGCUGGGACAGAAGGCAACAAUACAAUUCAGCCUCUCCGAACUUUUUCUUCACACAGUGAGAUCGUAGCUGACGUCUCAUGAAGCGAAUUUUCCCCCAACAUCUUAGGCUCUGUAAGUGACGAUAAAAAAAUUAUGCUCUGGGAUAUCCGUCAUGAAAAUCCUACCCACAUAAUGGGUGACCCGGAAUUUAGUACGCUGUACUAAAUUCCGUACUUUUUUUUACCGUCAAGAUGACUGAGAAAAAAAAUGUACUUUUUUUUACGGAAAAAAAUACAUCAUAAAAUUUUUGUACUUUUUCUAGGAUGGGGUAAAAUAGUACAUAGGUUUUAGAAAACCAUCAAAAACGGGGUAAAAAAGUACACAUGGCAAAAAAACUCGUUCAUAGAGGCAGGUACAAAUAAGCUAAGAAAAUAGAAUAAUUAAAUUAAAAAUAAAAGUGUAUAAUGUUGUAUAUUUUCUUAAAUAUAAUAAUAAAUAUGAAUAGAUUAAAAGAACUGUGCAGUGUCUUAGACAAUAUAUAUUUUUUUUGAUUGUAUUUUUUUUUUAAAAAAAAAUAUUAGUAAAAAAGUUCACUAUAAUUUUUGUAUAUAUUGUAUCGAUAACGAUCUAUUAUUCAAAAUCAUUCAUAAUAAGACUAAAGUAUUAUAAUCGCGAAGUAAUAUCUAAUAGCAUGAUUAAAUGUUUAAAGGUAUGCACAGAAUGCAUAGCUACAGUUUAUUUUAAAAAACUUAAAAAACUUACGUAAAAAAGUACAAAAUUUUUUUUUGUACUAAAAAUCCCAGUAAAAACGUACAUGUACUUUUUUUUGUACUAAAAAUUUCAGUAAAAAAGUACAUAUACUUUUUUUUUUAUACGGAAAAAAGUACAUGCUUAAAACAAUCAAUUAAAAAAAAAGUACCUAUUAAAAAUUAAUAAAUUAUGGAAAAAUAAUUUAAAUAAUAUUUAAAUAAAAAAUAUGAGAACGCAUUUUCUAUGUUCUACUGUAUAAGAGUUCAUAAAUAUUAUUUAUCUAUUACGUUUUAUUAGCUUUAUUCAAGCUUCAUUUGAUUCGUUUGGACUACGCUUAAACCCUUGCUUGGUAAAAAUUUUUAAAACAAGUAAAUUUUUUAUUGAUUAAGUGGCUUCUUGCGUUUGCAGCAGCAGUAUUCAGUCUCCUCCUUCGUUUGCUUACAGAUUCAGAAGUUUCCCAGUAAUAACUACAUGCAAACUUUGAAUUCAUUCCUCUGGAGAUUCUUAAACAAGCCUGCAUUUUUUAUUUUUUGCUAAUAUGAGCUAUAGGAAGGACUUUUCUGCUUUUAUUAAUUGAGUCAGUUGCAGCAAAACUAAGGCUGAAGAUAGAAGUGAAGAGUUCAAUACUUGAAUACCAGCGUCAAAAAAUAAUAAUAUCUCUCUGGGAGAUUUUUAAUUAGUUUAUGCGAAACUCUGUUUCCAUAAUAAUUGUCAAUAGAAUAGUUGGCGCUGAAUAUUUCUAAAUUGUAAAAUAUAUUUAGCAUACGACUUAUGUCUUGGAAUCUCCUAGAUUUUAUGACUCAGAUAUUAACAAAUUUUGCAAAGAGGGACUAUAGAUCAAUAAUCCUUAUGGUUGGGAGCUUUUAUUAGAUCCAUCAUUACUAUAUCCCAAUCCAUUUUUCAAGUUCUUGAGCAGUUACUGACCAUAUACUUUUUUUACUUUUUGAAAGAGCUUCUGCAUAAACAUUCACUUCUUGAUUAUUUCAAUAAUAAAUUCUUCUUUGAAAAAAUGGCCCUAAAUAAAUUCAAUGGUGUAAUUUGAUUUGAUCAAUGAGAUUUGGAUAUUGAUCCAAUUGGAGGCGUAUUAUCUUUUCUAUUGAAUUCGUAUAUUUCACUUCAAUUCUCAGAAGAAAUUUCAUCUUCAGAAGCUUCAAAUUUAUCACGUAAGUAAGCUGCUCCUAAUGAACUACUUGAUGAAUCUUCUGCUUCAAUUUGUUCUAAUUUUUCACUCUGCAUAUAUUUAUUUUAUUAUAGAUUUAAAAAAUUAAGGAAGUGUUUUUAUAGUAGUAUUCUUCAGUAGUAUUUUUCAGUAGUAUUGGCUAAUUGUGAUGUUAAAUCAUAUACAGUAGAACAUAGAAAAUGCGUUCUCAUAUUUUUUAUUUAAAUAUUAUUUAAAUUAUUUUUCCAUAAUUUAUUAAUUUUUAAUAGGUACUUUUUUUUUAAUUGAUUGUUUUAAGCAUGUACUUUUUUCCGUAUAAAAAAAAAAAGUAUAUGUACUUUUUUACUGAAAUUUUUAGUACAAAAAAAAGUACAUGUACUUUUUUACUGGGAUUUUUAGUACAAAAAAAAUUUUGUACUUUUUUACGUAAGUUUUUAAGUUUUUUAAAAUAAACUGUAGCUAUGCAUUCUGUGCAUACCUUUAAACAUUUAAUCAUGCUAUUAGAUAUUACUUCGCGAUUAUAAUACUUUAGUCUUAUUAUGAAUGAUUUUGAAUAAUAGAUCGUUAUCGAUACAAUAUAUACAAAAAUUAUAGUGAACUUUUUUACUAAUAUUUUUUUUAAAAAAAAAAUACAAAUCAAAAAAAAUAUAUAUUGUCUAAGACACUGCACAGUUCUUUUAAUCUAUUCAUAUUUAUUAUUAUAUUUAAGAAAAUAUAUACAACAUUAUACACUUUUAUUUAAUUUAAUUAUUCUAUUUUCUUAGCUUAUUUGUACCUGCCUCUAUGAACGAGUUUUUUGCCAUGUGUACUUUUUUACCCCCGUUUUGAUGGUUUUCUAAAACCUAUGUACUAUUUUACCCCAUCCUAGAAAAAGUACAAAAAUUUUAUGAUGUAUUUUUUUCCGUAAAAAAAAAAGUACAUUUUUUUCUCAGUCAUCUUGACGGUAAAAAAAAGUACGGAAUUUAGUACAGCGUACUAAAUUCCGGACCACCCCCACAUAAUAGAAGGCCAUAAUCGUGAAAUAAAUGCUAUCGAUUUCAAUAAAUUUGAGGAAAAUUUAUUAGCAACCGCAAGCAAAGAUAACACAGUCGCUAUAUGGGAUAUCAGAAAUAUGACCAUUAAAUUAUAUGCAUUGGAAUACCAUACUGAUGAAGUUUUCAAUGUAAGGUGGGCACCAUUUUCAGGGACUAUGAUUGGAAGCUCUGGAAACGAUAGAAAAGUGUGUUUGUGGGAUUUAUCAAAAAUUGGAGAUGAGCAGACAGAAGAGGCUAAGAGAGAAGGACCGCCAGAGCUGGUGUUUAUUCAUGGAGGGCAUUGUGCAAAUGUAUCUGAUUUCUCGUGGAACAUGAAUGAUCAUUUGAUGCUCGCGUCGGUAGACGAAGAUUCAGCGCUGCAUAUUUGGAUGAUGGCGAAUUCGUUUAUGUCUUAAUCUUAAUUGAUCCAUACACGUUUGAUAUCCACUACUAGGUUGCUCGAUCACAGCUAUUUCCAGCACCGCUCUGGGGCGGAUAGCACACCAUUUUCCUCAGGCCCGCCAAAGGGGUGACUUUGAUCACUAAAAGAGGAUGCCAGUCUUGAUUUUGGGCUUCGAUGACUGCUCUUUGAGCCCAGACAUUACUUGGGUCCAAUUGGCACCCUAAAGGUCCCAGUCUCCACCGCUAGGUUAAGUGGUACCCUUCAGGAGUCAACAGGAAAAACCACCCUGCUCUUGCUUCCCUGAAUAUCUGGAUAAUUUCACCAGGGGAAAACCAAACCUCGUAAUUAGAAUAUUCAAGAAUAAAUUUUCGGUGGAAAGAUCAGAGAGUUCGAGUGACGCCAUAUUUUAAUUAUGAUUUCGCUUAUGUCACCUUUGAAUUUUAAAAUGGACACUGCGGCAACUGCAAUGGAUCUUGAUAAAGCUUAA